AUGUCACUGGCUAUUGAAGUGUGGCUAUAUGAGUGUUGUUCAAAUGUCCCACCAAAGAUUGCAUUGAAGGUUGAGAAUCGGAUUCUUCGAUUAUUAAAUUGGAAGAUGAUUGCACCUCAUCCACGCUAUGAGUUUUUGAUGAAUGUUAUGUUCAAGGACAAUGGAUCCAUCGCCCAAAAAAAUCAAUUAACGUUCAAAGAAGAAACAAAAGGUGGAUUCAUCAACCCAGUAGUGAAGAAACCUUCAGAGAAAAAGCAAGUCAAUAUUGUUGACGAUUAUACCCAAACGAGGACUCCACCUCCUUGUGCUGCAAAGGCUGCUGUAAUGAAGACACCAGUAUCCAAGCCAAUUCCAACACGACAGGCUUCUUUUUCAAAAAUGAAGAAAGAGAAGCAAACAGUUAGGGUUAUUUUUUCUCAGGUACAGUCAAAGGCAGAUAGUCAUGUAGAGGAAGUAGCCGUGUCAAAGCGUGAGAGUCAUGUUGAGAAAGAAGCAUUUAUUUGUAAGAAAGUUCAUCAAGAGUUUAAAGGAGUUCGUGAAGAGUUUACUCGAAUUCGUAAAUUAGUGAAGAAAAAGUUCAAAAAAAUGGUCAAAGCAAUUGAGCAUAGCAAGCAACAACAUGAAGAUACAGGGGUUGAAACACAACAGAUGGAUUAUGCUGGUGUAGAAACAUCACCACAACAAUUCAGUCCUAUUGUUGAUCAGAAUUUGAAUGAGAAUCAGGAUGACACUAAUGAGAAAUUGGAUGAUACAAAUUUGUCUGAUUUGUUGUUUAUAAUCCCAGAUGAAUUGUUACCAAGUCUUAAUGCAUACCGAAGAGAAAGCAUUACGAGACAUCCAUUGACAACUUGUGAAGAAGAACAAAGCGAUGAACAUUUUAAUGAUAAAAAGUCUGAAUCUGUUGUUCAAGAUCAUUGUCAGGAAAACAAAGAGAACGUUGGAUCGAGCUCUAAACCAGACAUGCACAGAGAGGUUGAUCUUGGUACGGAGGAGCAAAUUAUGACAACUCUUAAAAUACAAGAAUUAACCACUGAUGAACAAAAGGAUGAAAUAGUUCGGCCUGAUUCACAAGACACAAUCCCUGAUGACUUGCUUCCUAGUUUGAAUGCAUAUAGUAGUAAAAGCAUAAUUGUUCAUCCCUCUGCUAAUCGUGAACUUCAAACUCCUAUUCCAAAGUUAAGGAUUAGGCGACCAUCCAAAUUCAAUGAGUCACCUUACACGAUGGAAUUUGGUUCAGCUGCCGAGAGCUCAGAAGGGCACAUACGUAUAUUCCCACAGAAACAUCUAUUUGUUUAUCAUCCGAUUGAUGGAAUUGUGGAUACGAAGAUUGUCAACAAGUUCAUGGAUUGGAUUUCUGAAGACCUUCUCAAAGUUCAUGCUCAAAGGUAUGUUCAUGAUGUUUAUUUUACGGAUAUAGCAAAUCUUACGACGGGAGGACAGGUGGCACAUCUUAAUGAAUACAUAAAUGGGUUCCGUAUGCAUGCUUUUGUACCAUGGCAUACAGUGGAAGACAUUUAUAUUCCAGUAAAUAUAAAGAAAAAACAUCAUUGGGUGCUAGCAAUUUUAUCUUUCUCAGGGAGGUGCAUAUUCCUAUAUGAUUCAUAUGAAUCAUCUGGUCAUUAUUCGGCUGUUCUUAAUGUCAUUGAGAAAUUAGCUGCGAUUAUCCCAUUGUGUCUCCAACAUUGGAUUGUUGUGUCUAUAUGGUUACAUAUGCGGAGUGUCUUUCUUAUGGUCACAAAGUUCUUGCGAAUGAGUUCAACCCCAAUGCAUUCUGUACAAGAUACGCUUCACUUUUGUGAGAAUAUGGGACCAGAAAGCAAGACACAAAUGCUCAUAGUGAUGUCGAAGCACCUUUGA